AUGGCAGAGGAAUGUGAGAUGAUAGGAGUAAAGAAGUUUUUUGGAAGUCAUAUUGAAGAGAACAACUGUGUGCUAAAAAAGACAGCAUUUGAUUUUGUAGUACAGGAAAUAACAGAGUCUAAAGUUUGUGGAGUAUCACCUAUUGUUAAUUAUGAUAAGUAUAUGGAUGGAAAGAUGAUGGUAGAGUACAUUGGGCAGGAGGAAUGCGAGAGAGCGAAGCGAACUGAAAUGCACAAGAUAUUGAAAUACUAUCCAUUUGUAAAGGCAAAAACGAUUGAUGGAAGGAUAUGCAUUGAAGAGACCGAUAUUGAUUUCUACUCAUUUGUUAUGCAGAAAGUAAUGUUCAAUACGAUUGAUGCAGGGAAGUGGAUAUGCAGAAGACUUGGAGUCCUGUCUACGCUGUUUCAGUUCGCAGGCAAUAAAGAUAAGAGGGCUGUUACAUUCCAGGAAGUGACAGUCAAGUGUUCUUUUAUGAAGCUUUAUGAACUUGCUGUUGAAUUGAAUAAAGGUUCAAAUGUGAUGGGAUGGGAAGAGUAUAUUGAGCAAGGUCAUACUAAUGAAAGCAUUGAAGAGAGUAACAAAAAAAUGGAAACAGAAAUGCUAAUUUAUUCGAAGAAAAGUGUAGAGGAGAAAGAAUGCUUUACUGAGUCAAACAAGAUGUGUAAUGAAACAGAGGGAAAAUAUACCAAAUGUAAUGGAAAUACUGAGGAUGGCGAUAUAUCUAUGAAUGUGAAUGAAGUAACUAAAGACGAAGAUAAUGGUAUGAAUACAGAUUGUGAUGAAAGACUGAAAUCAUCAAUAAAGAUAUUUGACAUCCGAAAGUCUUGUUCCAAGAAGAUGGGUGAUUUGAAUGGAAAUAGAUUUAGUGUAGUUGUGAGGGGGUUUACAGAUAAAAAUGUAGUUAAAAGACUUGAAGAGGGAUUUUUGAAUUAUUUUGGACAACAGAGAUUUGGAAAUAAACUGAUGAACCAUGUCAUAGGACAGUACAUUCUGGAGAAGAAGUAUGAUGAAGCGGUUGAUGAGAUAAUGAAGUGCGGAAGGUGCCAUGAGAUGUACACCUCAGGAAGAUAUGAGGAGGCGAUGAGUAUUGGAGACAGCACUGAGAAAUACAUUUUGAAAUCUAAGGCAAAAGGAAUGAAGGCAAAGGACAUAGUAUUUGGAAUGAGGCGAGAACUAAGAAUGUUGUAUCUUCACUCGUGUCAGAGCAGAAAGUUUAAUGAUGCUAUAAACGAAAGAAUAGAAAAGGGCAAGAGCGUUUUGAAAGGCGAUUUGGUAUUGGUGGGCGAUGAUGUUAUAGAAGUGCACAAUCCUGAAGACUUCAAGAUUACAGAUGUGGUUUUAAGGCUUGAGAAGAUGGAUAACAAGCUACUGAAGGGAGGAUUUAGGAAGAUGGUUGAGACUGCAUAUAAUGUUGGCGUUGAUGAUUGUGAGGAAGGCAUUGUGAUAAAGUUUUGCCUCAAGAGCUCUUGUUAUGCAACUAUGGCGCUUAGGGAAGUUAUUGGAAACUCAGUGAUGAAUCGUGUAAAAAUAUAA